AUGUCGGAUACGGAUUUUCUAGUCAACGUAGAAACCAACAACGUUUCUUGGAGAAAACGCAAAAGAGAAGAAGAAACGCUCCAAUUAGAAUUGAAGAAACCCCGAAGUUACUACUACCGAUUAGCCAGUGAAAGCUCCAAGGGCUCCGAAGAAGACACCGAAAGCGUGUACAGUCUUCAGGGCCGGGAGACCGACCUAGCUAAAGACACCACAGACACGGACGAGAAAUCGGACAGCGACGAUGAGUACGAAGUCAUCGAAUACGAGGUCGCGAGCUUGUCCGAAAGCGAUCACGGCAUUUUAGGAACAACCGAGACCGAUUCGGACAUCAGCGAUUCGGAGGUGUACAUUGCGGCUAUCGAUGCGGUGUUCGAUUCAUCGGUGGAAACGUGGAUAACGGACUGCGAAGAGUCCGAUAACAGUUCGCUGGACGAUUCGGUGGAAACUAGGUUGGGCUUUUCGACUUGCGUACAAUGCAAAUUUCAAAACGAUAAUCCGCUCUACAGAUAUUGUGAAAAAUGUUUCCAGACAUGUAAACAAUGUAAGAAGUUCAAGACUUACAAAUGUUUCCCGUUGUGUAUAGAUUGCCACAAGGACCGCAAGAAAUUGUACCCGCCUCGUCCGAGGGCCACCAAGAAAUCGAAGAGAAAGCAACGCGCCGAGCCGCCGGUGAAGCUGGACACGCUGCGCUCCUGCCUGAGCGGCCUGUCGUCGCAGGACUCCGGCCUCGGCUCGAGCUCGAGCUCAUCCAGCCAGGAGUGCCCGCCGCUCGGCCUCGACCAAAUCGUCGUGCCGGGCCGCCAUCUCAAACCAGGUACGAAUAAAUCCGAUAAAAUCGAGGAGAAGGAUAUCGAACGGGAGUCGGGCAGGAAGCGACGCGCUUCCGACAGCAGCCUGUCGGAUUUCGAUAUCAAAAAACCGAAAUACUCGAGAGCGAUCGCGCCGAAAGAGGCGAGGGAAACCGACGGCAAGGCGUCGGUUUCGCUGAGCCAGGCGUCGACGGAGACGUGCUUGUCGUCGAGCCAGACGUCGACGAAAUCGUGCGAAAUCGCCCGAUCGAAUCGCGAUAUCGAUCAUUCGGACGUUUCGGCCGUAUCGCCGACAUCGGAGUUGUGUAUAAUAUGUAACAGCGCGCCGAAAGACAGCAUCUUCUUGCACACGAGGUUCGGCCAUCAGUGUUGUUGUUACAAAUGCGCCAAGCGGACAUUGCACAUGAUGAAACGGUGUCCGAUCUGUAAUAUGCCCGUUAACAAGGUGAUAAAGAUUUUCCAGGCCUAG